GCAGUUUGAAGAAGCCGCUGCGGAGGAGACGCGAUGUCGCAGCGGGUGCAGACACCCGCAUCGACCGGGACUUCUGCGGGCGAUGAACUGUUGCAACGGCUUCGCACUCGAUCUGGGGACUCGAGCGAGCUGCGUGAGGAGGUCCGGCGUUUCCUCUCGCCUAUCAGUUCCCGCGUUAAACGCGCUCGAAGGAAGGGGGGCAGACGAGAUGACGCAGCCAUCGCCGAAGCUGGAGCGGGUAUUGAUAGUUCGGACGGCAUCACCAAACUGGCGAAGCGGUUUGGCCCCUUCCUCGUACAACUGGUGAAACUCUGUUUCGAUUCGGUCAAUUCUUCGCCGCCGGCAAGUGCUCCCCAUGCAGCAGCAUCAGCAGCAGCUCCUGCUGCUGUGCGCGCAUCAUCAUCAUCAUCAUCAUCAGCAGCAGCAGCAGCUACAGACACGUCUGGGGAACAAAGGGAUUGGUCGGAAGAGAGCGAUGGAGACUGGAAGAAGCAGCAGAGUUUUGAGAACACGGUAUUCGACCUUUGGGCGGUAGGCAUUGAUUGCUUCGAGGUGGUGCGUGGGGGGUUAAGGGGACGGGCUCUGGAGGUCGAGAUACAGAGAUAUAAUUUGAUCCGGCGGUUGGUAGCUUGGAGGAGGCAUGCCGAAGGGCUUGCUCAAGGCUGGCUGUUGUUGCGCAGCCUUUGCAGCAGCGGAGGGGAGGAGGGAAAAGGCGGGGGAAAGGAAAACGAUGAGGAAAUCGCGGGUGCCACGGCAAGGGGAAAAAUAUCAACUAGGAAGCGUGAAGGGAGAGGGAGCGGGUCGCGUGAUGGUGGUGUACUGGAGAGCAAGAAACAUACUCGUACACGGGAGGAGUUUGAUGAUGAUGAUGAGGCUCAGCCGUGGAAGGGGGUGCAUUUGCCGCCCCCAAGUCAACAAGGAGAAUCCAAGGAGCGUUUGACACUCGUCGUUGGAGCCGUGCUCAAUGCUGCCCUCUGUAUACCUGAAGCUGGGAGGAGGGAAACAGGAGAGCUGAUGGUUGUCGCGGAUCUGGCAUGUGCAGUUGACACGUGGCUCAGUCUGGUAGAUGAUGUUACUGCUGGAAAGCAUAGAGAAACUAUUCUCAGGAACAUAUACAAGUGUGCUUCCCAACUUUGUUCCGAGGACAACUCUGAUGAUGGCGAGAGGUUGAACUGCACUAGAACGUUCAUCGAGUUGUCGGUGAGAUUGUGUACACAGUCAAACUCCAGAGAAAAAGUUCUGCAGGUGGCAAGGAGACUCUUUGUGUCCUUAGGAAGGCAUGGCCAGCCGGGAAUGAUUGCUGCUUUUGAGGUGUACGACAGAUUUUGGAGGGACCUCUCUCUCGGGGACAAGAUGAAUGAAGCAGAAACUGCUGCAGUGAUGGACUUGCUUGACCACUAUGGAAAAGUAUGUCUGGAUAUGGGGCAACCAGGUGCAGGAUGUGAUUGCCUCCUGGAAGUUUCCACGCGCGCGAAGCAGUUUGACUUGGACUCCUUCAAACAUAUGCUGAGAUCUGGGAGUCUGCAUAGAGACGAACUCAAGUGGCUAUCGUCUGUGCUUUAUAACUUGGGUGUGAUGCUUUUCAACGGCAGAAAACUUGAAAUGUACCAAAUCCCCUUGAAGCUCUCAUACGAGGCUGCCUGCGCACGUGUCAAGUCUCUGAAUUUUGAAAUUCGGAAGCUGAGUAAUAAAGCUUCUGGACACAAGGCCCUAGUGGUGGAGAAAACACUGGCCAUCAAGGAUGCCUGUCAUCGAUGCAGAGUGCUUACGGACUGUAUUGGGAGCGAAGAUGGCUGUGGGAAGAAUGAUAAUCACACUCAUCUGCUCCUGGAAGCCAUCAUCUGCUUCGCAGCCGAGGACUGCAGCCAACAGGAAAGUGCUUCUGUGCUACACGAGGUCCGCAUGCUGGUCGGGCAACUAGUGAAGAUGAACAUACGAUCAAAGUCUGAAGAGUUUGAGCUGGUGGGACCAACAUUCCAUCAUGCCCUUCUCAAUUCGGCGAUUAGCUUGCAGAAUGUUGCUGCUCUUCUGGAAGAGGAGCUCCUGGCAUAUGAUGAUUAUUAUGACAAGUCCUCUGGAUACCCAUUUUCUUCUGCAAGGAUAACGGUUAUCAACUUGCUCCUCGACCGCAUCUAUGGGAGAGAAGAGCAUCCUCUAGAACGUUCCAGAAUUCUCAUAGAGCGGGCACGGGUGAGCAGAUCAGCCAGGAGUGGUGUCGAUCUCCCCAGAUGUAAUGAAGACUUGGCAGAAGCUGUGGAGAUACUCGAUUGGAAGUUGCAAGUGCGAGGUAGACAUGAUAUUGGCCUAUUGACAAUUGAAGACGAAUGUGCAGUUGCUCACUGCUUGGCUGGUCUUUGCCUCGUGGAGGUUGAUCCAUCGUCCAAGGACUUCUUGCCGCAUUUUCGAAAAGCGAUGGAUUUAUGGGAGCAGAUCCUACCAAAGGGAGUGAAUGUGGGCUUCAGGGGUGAUCCUGAAGAGAGAACUUCGGAUAAUCACAAUGCUGAUGAGGAUGCUGGCACUGGAGCUAAGGCUGGUACUCUGAGAGAGGUGGAGGAUGAUGGCGCCAUCCAGAGCCGGUUCAGGAGUCUUUCCAGUUCCUUGGUGAUUCUUUUUACUGUUGCUGACCUCCUGAGUCUCAAGGGGUUUCAUGAGCAACAGCAGGCGGCCUUGCGGCUUGGUCUGUGUCUGGCCAUGGUUGUCACUGGAAUUCCAAAAGAGAAGCUGUUCUGCAAGUUGUUGGCAGAUUGCAGGAUAAAACACUUACUUUGCAGAGACCUCUCCUACAUGAGUGAGCUGUCAUCGUUCGGACUGCAACUGGAAUCAAGUGGUGGCAAUGAAGCGGCACAUGAUUUCUGGAGCAUUUGUUCAAGCCAAUGCCCAGAAUCUCUUCUUGCUGCACGAGUGCGGCUGAAUGGGAUUGGACCAGAGGAAGAAUCUCCAUGUGAGUGUUCCAGUUUUGGGGCAGGCGUUGCCAAUGAUCUCUGCAAAGGUGUUCAUCAAGUAAAGGGGAUGCUGAAUGAGUCACCUGCUCUGAUUCAAAGUUCAGCACAUUCUCUCGUCAGGGAGGGGGCAUUGCGUUAUGAAUUGGCAGCACAUUACCUCGAAGCCGGUCUUAUUACCGAGGCACUCUGCACGGCAAUAGAGGCCUGCCACAUGCGGUAUGGAGCAUUCUCCAGUAUUUUCACAGAGGAGAGAAAGUGUGACGAAGACGUGGACGUGAAUGAUAAGGAUGGUAUCUGUUUGCCUGGGAAAGAAGAGAUAUCUCAGGGAUCGGAAAUGCAAAAACAGGACCUCAAGCGAGAAAACAGUACUUGCAGAAAGAUUGCCUGUGGCCGUGUUGUGCCUUGGGCUGAGAUGGUGGGGCCAAAGGAGAUUGAUUUGGAUGACGUGGCAACAACAAUUAACCAAUGGCGUUUGCUAGGAGACUACCUCGAGAGCCUGAUGCAGGUGGCGGUGCUUUAUGAAAUGGCUGGUAGCCCAGAUGAUGCGGAGAUGCAAAUCAAUAAGGGAAUAUCGUUGGCCGUAGCAUGGCACUUCACAUACAUUGAGAUGGAAUUCCGCUCUUGCUUAGGCGAAUUGAAGCGAAAACGUCACCAAUGGGAGGCAGCAGCGCAGGAAUUCAAAGUGGUCAAGCAGAGCUUUGUGGAUGCUGGUGAUGGUAUUCAGUGUGUGGAUUGCAGCUCAUGUCAAAUGAUGGCCACAGUACUGCUUGAGUUGAGGCUUGGUGACCUGAUCUGGAGAAUGACUGUGCCUAGGUGCCAUACACGCGAGUCUUUCUUAAAAACUCAAAAUAGCUUCAUCUUUGAAGGAUAUGCAGGUGGCGAGGAUGUGUUUCAUGAGCUGUCAAACUGCGGUAGUGGUGCCUGGGCGGCCUUAGCACAUUAUGAGCGGGCAGAGACAAUCCUCAUACCUGUGUUUCCAGACUUCGAAAAGUGUGAUGUUUGCGACAAACAGCUGUUGAACGGUCAAGAACAGACGGCUGAAGGCAGAGAUGUUGGUGGACGAUGUAACAAAGAACGAGAGGAAAAGUCUGCGGAUGCACUCAGCAAGAUGGGGACUGAAGCAGUUUGCAUCAGUGAAAAAGAUACUGCAGUCAAACAUGACCGGAGGGUGCACAAGUUGAGAAAAGGGGAAGAUGAUAUUGUUGGAAAGGCAACGUUCAGCAAGGGUGAGCAGCUGACUGAGGCCAUCCCGGGUGAUAGCGGAAGAAAUCAAGCAGAAGAACCCAUCGGCAACGCCUCUAGCGGCAUCUCAGGAUUAUGCGAAGCUUCUGUGACUGAUAGUAAGGGUGCUGUGAAAGGGCUCAGAGCGGAUCAGAAAUUGGGUGGCAAAGCAGUCUCUGAAAGGAAGUGUAACCAAAAAGCACGAGUUGUUCCCAGUGAUCAUGCUGCAAGCACCAGUGGGUGUGAUUCAAGGAGCAUCACAGCAGGAUCAGGAAAGGACCUGGCUGUCCAGGAUAAAGUUCCCCGGCAGCGAAGGGCAGUUCGUGAUGUGGACGCAAAAACCAAAGGCACGGUCCGGAAGCCUGGAGAUUACGUGGUUGCCAAAGCUGAGCUUGCGGAAGCUACAGAUGUUGAAGACGCCCGUGAUCUUCAAGUGGAUGGCAAUUGUGCAGUUGCUAAUCCAGGAAGGAGGGCAAGGUCGAGAGUCAAAUCUUCUUUGGCGAAGUCUAAGAAACAUGGAGAGGAUUGCCCUGUUCCUGGUAUUGAUGACACAGAACAUCCUUUGCCAGACAAUCGGACAGAGCAAACAGGACAGGUGAAGUUGCAAUCCAUGGAAGUCAGUCUAGCGAAGAUUAAAGGUUCCAAGGGAGGUGUUGGAGCCAGUGUAAAGGGGGUUGGGCGGAUACCAAAGGCAAUGAAUAGCAUAGCUGUAACAGUUAAUCCAGAAAUGGAUUCUAUCAAGAAGGAAACGGGGCGAACCAGGAGAAAGGCAAAGCCGGAAAGGGAAGAAGUUUCCUACGGCAGCUGUACUUCACAUGACCAUUCUGGUAAUAUUGUUGAGGACAGAAAGGAAUUGCAUGUGAGCAGAACCAGACCAGAAGAUGAGGAGGCAGUGCGAAUGGAGAUGGCUGGGGAGCUCUCUGUAUCAGACACAAGCAGGCUAACAUCAGGGAAUACGGCAGAUGUCCAUAGAAAAUUGGAGGGAAAAGAAGUCAGGUCGAGAGUCCGUAAGGCAUCUGAUAAAAGUAAGAAAUCGAGUAGGCAGGGUAAUUCGGUCCGCGGUACUGAGAGUGAGGGGCGAAGAACAGCAUUAGGAGGCAAAGAAGGUGCGAGAGAGAAUGCCGAAGCACCACUAGCCAGGCGUACAAGUGAGGUGGCAGAGCUCCCAGAGGUUUCACUUGACGGAGUAUGUUCAAAGCACAUCGAUGAUGAUGAUAAUGGACGUGAUAUGGCAAAUGCAUAUCAGAAUAGUAAUGCCAAAACUGGUGGACGUUGUUGUCAACGGCCAUCACAAAAUGCAAGAGUGUUGAAGCACCAUGCGGCACUGUUUGCACAAGUACAUAAGCAACAAGGAAAAUGUUAUGCACAGAUGGGACAGUUAGACCAAGCACAGUGCCUGUUGAUUCGGGCUCUCACUUUCUUGCAUGACGACUCGUGGACAAACACGGGCGAUUGCCGUGAAAGGACAGGCCAUCGUGGUUGUGGGGCUGAGGACUCUGUUGUGGAAUACGCAUUAAGAUUGGGAUCAUCAACUACCACCGCCUCCUGUGGCAAGCGUUUCUGGAACUUUCCUGUUCAGAAGGGUUCUAUCCUACUGGAACUAGGUGCUGUGUUGCUUAAAAAGUCCGCUCUUUUGGGGGAUUUGUCAGUCAGAAACACCGGCAAUAGGGAGAGCUCGUCGACUCCUUGUCACGAAGACCUUCCCGUGAGUCAGCAAAAGCCACCAAAAUCUCGGAGAUGCAAACAAGGUGAAGAGAAAAGGACAUCUAAUGAAUUGAGUAGAGCGACUGCAUACCAAGGAUGUGAUCAUCCCCGACUUGAGAUUGCUUGGAGAGUACUACAGUCGGCAUAUUCUCUGUCAUGGCAGGUUCCCCGUCUGCAAAGUAAGACAAUGAGUCUUCUGGCUUUGCUCUGUGUGCAAGGGGGGAUGUUUCGAGAGGAGAAAGCACCAGUCAUCAGGGGUGUUCCAACAGGCUUGGCAGAGACGAGGUGGACAGCAGCUCUUUUCCAUAAUCUCUCUGUUGGGUCGUCGAUUUCUCAGCAGCAUCUCGUAGUUGUUAACCGCAAGUUGAAGAGUUUGUCAAAGAGUAAGAGAGAUGAAUCAAAUACGGUUUCAGGAGCAGAAGAAGGUGGCUGUGUGGUAGAUAACAAAGCACAAAUGCUUCAUGUUGUUCAGGAUGUGCUGCGGCUCGGGAAACUUGCCUUGGGGAACAUAGAGUCUAGUGGGCGAGCUUUUGCUCAGCUGCUUGGCAGCAUGUUGCCUCCUGGGUUGGUGGUGUGCUGCCUCAGCAUCGUAGACACAUUGCCCUGCACUCCUCUGCGAUAUUCGGCUAUAGGAAGCCGUGAUGGGCUUGCCCAUCCAUCGAAAUACCUGAUGGUCUCUCGCAUCUGCAUGGGCCAUGAUGCUGUGGUUAUGGCCCUUCCCAUCUAUGGGUUUGCAGACUUGGAGUCGAAACUCGUACAAUACCUGCAGCUGAAGGACUCGAUGACAUGCUCUGCAUAUGACGAAGUUUUGAGCGAAGUCAAUAGUGGUCAAAAUAAUGAGCAUCGAAGUGAAGAUGGGGCUCAGAGAAGCCAACCAGACAUGGACGGGCUGGGAGGCUCAGGAAUGAAUUGGUUCCUGCAAGAGUUUGGAGCGAUCCUUGAGGAAAGUCGGCAAUCGAACGUGGGCACAGAGAAGUUGAAAACGAAGGACGAGAAAAAGGCGUGGUGGAAAUGGCGACUUGGAUUGGAUCAGAGGCUGGCCCAGCUCCUUAGGGAAACAGAAGGUGCAUUGCUGGGUCCGUGGAAGUCUCUUCUGCUGGGUAACUUUGCUGACCCUGAACUGUGGGCGAGGAUCGAUCUAGCUUGCAAGAAACUUGUCAUGGCCUUGGACAGCCUGAGAGAGAGGAUGGGGUUCACAGCAGUUUCAAAUGAAAAAGGUGUGGACAAGGAGCUAGUCAGAAUCAUACUCCAAGGAAUAGAAUAUUUGAGACCGGGAGAGCUGGAGCUUGCUCUGCAGCAACUGAUGGGUUGGGAAUACAAGGCAGGCGGGCAGGCUGGGAAUGCCACAGAAGAGGAAGGUGAGAGUCAAGGGGAAGUGAUCAUUUCACAGUCUGGUGACACUUCAGAGGCGGUAGGCCAAAAUGGAGAUGUAGCUCAGAGAAGGCCGAGAAGAACGUCUGGCAGGAAACUGAUGAAGGGUAGUAAUGCUCAACUGGGCACUGAUAAUCUUCAAGCUUCUAGACGAGGAGGCGCAAAACGAGGUAGCAGGCAGCAAAAUCAUUCUGAGGGCAAGAAUGUAGAUCGGGUGCUGGAUCAGGCACAGGCAAUGUGUGAAACCGUCAGACUAUUCCAAACUGCUUAUGCUGAGGCCUUCAGCUUGGCAACGGAUCAGAUGAACUCCAAGGGCUUGGAGGGGCAUGAUGAGGUGGCAUCAAUCGCUGUUGCAAAAAACAGUGUCACAGAGUUGGACGGUGCAAGUCAGAGAACGCAUCAUCCACCAGAGAAAUAUGAUAGACCAAUUGUGACACAUGAACCACGUGGAAAUGAGUAUGUUGCAGAUGCAGAAUCUCAUUCCAGGACCUCGCUUGAUCAGGAGCGAGCCCACCUACAGGUAUCAAGCUGUGGUUUUCAGGCUGAUGAUCUGGAACAAGUGGCUUCUAAGAGAGUGGAAAGGCAACCUGUGGAGCUGGUGCUGGCAUCUGAAUUGCAGGCAUUUCCAUGGGAGAGUUUGCCUAUACUCAGGGGUCAGCGAGUAUAUCGCCUUCCAUCCUUGGGAAGCAUCUUGGCAUUGCUGGCACAGCAGAGAAUUUCCAGUGCUUUCGAUAACAGUAUGGAGGGAUUGUCUCAUGGAACAGUUCAUUCACUGAAUGCCGAGCAGUCCAGGGAGAAGGGAGCUGUCAGUGCGAAUCCUGACCAAACACUGGGGGGGUGUCCAAAUGACAAUGGUGGCAUGGGGAAGAAAAGGUCUCAAGCCGACGACUGUUGUCAACAUUCUAUGGAGUCCCAGGCUAGCUUUGCAGAUCUGGUAAAUAUCGCACCAGUUAUUGACCCGGAAAACACGUACUAUGUUUUGAAUCCAAGUGGAGACCUGCAAGCAACACAAGCUACCUUUGAAAAGUUGUUUAAUCAGCAGUAUGGCUGGGAGGGAAAGGCUGGGUUGGUGCCAUCUUCGAAAGAGUUCAUGGAGGCGCUGGAGAAGCACGACCUGUUCAUCUAUCUUGGCCACGGCAGCGGUGAGCAGUACCUGUCGUCACGUGCAGUUCGGCGGCUCAAUUGCCACGCGGCCAGCUUGCUGAUGGGAUGCAGCAGCGGGCGUCUAGCUCCUUGUGGGGACUACGAGCCUGCGGGAAUGGCAUUGGCAUAUGCAUUUGCUGGCUCCCCAACCACGGUUGCAAACCUAUGGGAUGUGACGGACGGCGACAUUGAUCGCUUCACAAAGGUUGUCCUACAAGAAUGGGCUCAAACGAAGUCAGACGAAGAUGCUGCAUGCAGUACAGAAGACAAUCGGUUGUCCUCGUCAGAUCAUGAUGUUGGGCUGCGAAGGGCGGAAGCGCGUGCCAAUUCGCUCAAGCCCGGUAGUACUUUGUGCGGUUCCGAAACGACGGCGAAUCAUGGAGAGUUGGUAAAGGGCUUGCCGGCACCGGAGACAUGUUUGAGCACAGCAGUCGCUUCGGGUAGAGAUGCUUGCAAGCUGCGUCACCUUAUCGGUGCAGCACCUGUUUGCUACGGGGUACCAACGGCCAUCCGGAUGCGGCACCGUAAUCUGAGAUUAGAUUAAUUAGUAAUAGGAUUGUUGUUAUUAUAUCGUAUUUGUGACAUGUUGUACAUUUGCAAGUUGAGGUAUCGAUCAAGCUCAAUUGUUAAGUAUGCCCACCACCAUUCAUUCAUUCCCCUGUGUGAAGCUUUUCUUGUUGAGCCUCUCUCUAAAGGCUUACCUGCCCCUUUCUUCCUCCUCAGUUUACUUCAUUCAUCAUUCAAAAGAUAAGUUUUUUAUUGUCAUCAUCAUUUCAUGUGAUGACGUAGGCUACACACGUGCAUUCGGGACUUCGGGACGCCCCCCGAGUCCUCCACAUUGAACAUAGGGGUGGUAAAUGGAGAUGCAAACGCAGGUGCGAAACAGCCUCGGGGAGAUGCGAACGCGCGGGUACCAAACAGGCUCAGGGAGAUGCGAACGCUCGUGCGAACCAGGCUCAGGGAGAUGCAAGCAAACUCAGAUAAAGCGGAGAUGACACU